AUGAAUGCAAUUAACAUUUUGUGUAUACUAUUUACAUUCAUCACUUGUAUAUUCAGUAGAAUAAUUACUGAAAACACAGUGGAAUAUAAUAGGUUAAGUUUAGUUGCAGGACACACUGAAAUAGGCCGUGGUGUAUAUUGGUCAAUUGUUGAUAACAUUUUAAAUGGAUUUGCAGGUACUCUUGAAAAUCGUGGAGAUUUUUAUAUUUCAAGUAGUUCUCCUAAUAUAGGACUUCAAGUGGAAAUGGUUUCUGGUCUUGGAUCAAUUAUUAACCAUGGUUUAAUGUCAAUUAAUUCAAUUGCUUCUAAACUUAUUCCAAGUCAUGUUAAUUUUGCUGGUAAAUCAUUUGAAAAUCAUGGUAGAUUAUAUUUAGGUUCAGCUUCUAGUAUAUUGAAAAAAUCACAUACAUCAAUAACUACUCCUCAAUGGUUAAAUAAAGGUACAAUUAUUCUUUAUCAAGAAAAUAAAUAUUCUGGUAAAGUUAAAUUUGGUGCAAUUUUUCCCAUUACAAAUGAAGGUCUGAUUUGUCUUUAUAAUCAAGAGUUUGUUCAAACAACAAGAAUAAAUGGUUUUGGUUGUAUAAUUGCAAAUAAAAUGGGUAGAAUUGAAUUACUGGGCAGAAUGCAUGCUGGUGAUCAAACCUUUGUUUUAGGAGAUAAAGAAAGUGUUCUUAGUGUUCAUGCUUCACUUGGUGGUUGUACUUAUAAGGUUGCUGGUUUUGGUAAUGGAAAUAUUAUUCUGUUAGAAUCCCCAUUAGUAGGAAUACCUAUCUUUGGUCCUCCAGCUUUUGAUUAUGAUCCAAGAUCAGGUAUAUUAACUUUAAGAACUGCCAUUCUUUCACAAAGGUUUAGUAUUGGUAAAGGUUAUAACCCUGCAUUAUUCUUUGUUACUAAUGAUUCAGAUUUUGGAAUUGAAGGUAUAUUGGGAAAUGCCAUUACUUAUUCUGGUCCUAUUCCUGCCCAAUCUAGAGGUAGUGGUCAUUGUGGUCUAUGUAAUUAUAAAUUUCCAGUUGCACCUGGUUCUGUGCCAACAACCCAAAGAAUAAAAGUUCCAUAUAUGCUUGGAGAUGAUGUUCAAGUUGAAACUGAAGCAGAUGUUAUUGUUAGAGCCAACGAUGAAGGUCAUUGGUAUACAACAACUAUAGUAUAUCCAUAUACCGUACAAAAAGAAGAAAUAAUUGGAUCUCCAACAUCAAUUCCUGUUGCUGAAGCUGCUGAACCAAAUAAACCAGAAGAUUCCUCAAAUAAUUUAUCCGCUGGAACUGAUUUGAUAGGAGAGCAACCAAAAAAACCAACAAAUUUAUUGAACUCAGGUAACGGACAAGAUGAAUCAAAUAGCCCAGUUGGAUCAGAUAACCCAAAUGAUUCAAGAAACCCAGCAUUAUUUGGAGUUUCACCAGUAGGAUUACCUACCAAUGAUAACAACAAUGAAAACAACAACAACAACAACAACAAUGGAGAGUUAUUGGAAUCUAAUGAAAAUGCAAAUGAAUCACCUAAACAACCAGACCAUGAACUUGUUCAACCAAUUUGGUCUGAAUAUCCUCUGUAUGAAAUUCCACAUGAAUCUGAGUGGUAUGAACCAUCAGAAACUUGUGAACAUGAGGAUGAACAUUAUCACACCGAAGAUGUUUAUCAGUACUAUACUGAUGAUGAAGAAGAUGGACGCUUACAUAAUGGAAAUGAUUUACAUCAUACCCAAAAUGAACAUCAUCAUGGUGAAUAUGACAACCACCACCAUACAGAUGAGGAGUUAGACCAACUGACCAAUGAAGAACACAACCAUACCAAAGAUCAUCACUAUCCAAAUAAAGAAGAAGAACAUCUUACUCAAGUCGGACAGGAUCAUCAUUCAGAUAAAGAUAACCAUUACUCUGAAGAAGGGGAUGACCAAGCCACGGAACAUUAUCACCUUCAUACCGAAGAAUACCCCAUUAACAUUGAAGGGGAAACAAGAUCAUCGACGGAUUUAUUAUUUGCUGUUACACAUAGUAUCAGUUCAGACGUAAACCAUCAGGAUAGCAGUACUAAUCAAUUUGACAAUUUGCAACUGAGUGAAAGUCUACUGAGAUUACUUUCUUUACCAGCAAUUUCGGAUGUUUCUAGUUCUGCUAUUGAAUCUAUUGCUACUGGUGAUGGUGUCAAUGACAGUCAAAGCCAAAAUUUAAAAGACAUGUCAAACUCCAAUUCAGAUUCUUUAUUCGUGGUUCACACUAUUUCCACAUCAAAUGAACUUCUGGAAUUCUCUGCAGUGAGUUCUCCGUCUGAUAUAUUUGAAAUUUCAAAUGAAUCUGUUUAUGGUGAUCAUUCUUUAGAAGAGCCACAUUAUUCUUCACAUGAUUAUGAUGCUUUUCAUGGAGAACAUAAAAAGAGUUCACAAUAUGUUUUAAGUUUGGAAACUGAAUUCUUGGAAGAGCCAUUAUCUUCUAGUUCCUAUCUAUCAUCCUUACCGUCUUCAAUUGCUUCAUCUGAAUUUAGUAAAUCCCUAUUGGCUGGAAAUUAUUUUGAGCCUGGUAAUUCUGUCAUUUCAACACAUAUUUCAAAUGAACCAAAUCCAAGUUCUACUAUUUCUUUAGUUGAUAACGAAAAUGCUGAUGAAUUAACUUUAAAUGAUAAUCCACUGUCUGUUGACUAUAACUCAAAAGACAAUGACUAUGAAAAACCAUCAUCAAUUGGAGGACAACAUUUUGAUAUUCAUAUUUCUAAUAGUGGAAUAAUGUCUUCAGAUCUGAAUAUUAAAUUAGAUAUGACAAAAGGAGAGUCGUAUCCGACUGAUGAUAUUGAUUAUAAAAGUGAUUCAUCCGAAAUAAAUUUCAUUGAAAAUUCUUCACUGGUUGAAAUUCAACUACAAAUUGCUUCUGUUCAAAGUUUGAUUCCAGAAUUACCCGACCAAGAAUAUCCAUUCGAUGAAACAUAUUCAUGGACCGGUAAUUUGCAGCUAUUUGAAUUGGUAUCUUCAAAUGAAAAUAUAAUAUCUCAUGAAACCAAUCAGUUGGUUUCUUCCAAAGACGAAUCAUAUGAUACCACUACAACAAGCAAAUCUGAAGCAGCCAAUAAUUUAAUACCAUCAUCUGAAUCUAAACCAACUGAAAACUUAAUGUCAUCAUUAGAAGCUAAACCUUCAAAUAUGGAAACACUUUCAUCAAAAUCACAACCAAUAACAAGUUUAAAUCCUUCCUCAGAAUCUGAACCGACUAGCAAUGAUAUCUCAGCUGCAGAAUCAUCAGCAAUGAAUAACUUAUUGUCAGAAUCUAAAUCACAACCCAUCAACAAUAUUGAUUCAACAGAUAAGUUAAACCAACCAGGUGUAUCCUCAUCUCCCGAUAAUAAACCCAACUCGUUAAUUGUUGUAGCUGACACCAGUAAAUCAAUGAUUACAAUGCAAUCAACAUCUACCAAUGAAGUUGAAUUGAAUAAUGAAGAGCAAAAACAAUCCUCUGGUGAAAAUGGCAAUUCAUCUCAUGGCGAUGGUAAACUUGAUGGUGGAUUGGAGAAAGAUGUUGAACAUUUGGUGAAUACUCUUCGAACAAAAACAAUAAAUAAUGAAGUUCUGACAUAUUUCAUUAGUGCUCAUUCAGUUGUUGAACUUAAUCCAAAGGACUCAUCAACAGAAUAUGUGAAUAAUUGUCCUGAAUGUAAAAGUAUUUCCGUGUUGUCUGUUUUACUUGCUAGUUACUUAUUUCUUGCUUAUUAA